AACCCCCCCACCCCAAAAAAAACCAAGAAUAAAAUAACCAAAAAAAAAGUAAAAGAAGAUACCCAGAUUAUCCAAACCCCACCGCCACUAUCAUCCUCCCCGACCCCAGCAAGGAAUUGGCCUCAGAAUUAAUGGUAAACAGUUAUAGAUAUGGUUUCUCUGGGUUUGCAGCCAAGCUCACAGAGUUUCAAGCCAAAAAUUUUCAGUUCUUGCUGAGAGUGUUCCAGUAUUUCUUCAAUGGCGUUCAUGUAGUGGCUGCAAAUUCCGGGAAUUUUUUGAACCUUGGCGUUGUCGCCGCUGCGAUUGAUGACCAUUUUGAUGAAGCUGAGGGUGGGUUCAGAACAGAGGGCGAGGAAGGGGUAUCCGGAGGUCGUCGCGGAGUGGGUGACUGCCUGGGUGUCGCGGCUAGAUUCGCCUCUCGAUUCCUCGAUGAGCGAAGACUCACCCAUCCAAAAGGAGCCGAGGCCUAUUGGGAGAAAGGCGGCAAAGGCGAAGAGAGUGAGUAA